AAACGAGGGAAGCAGACAGAUCAAGGCAGAGAAGAAAACUGUCUGCUUUAGCGUAAGCAACAUUCUCCAAGAUAGCAAUAAGAAAGCAGGUUUAGGUCUCCUUUGUAGACUGUUGAUGCAGCCCUGAAGAGGGGGAAUUUUGUCACACACAGAAAAUUUGCAAUGGGCACUGAGGAGAAAGAUUCAGAGCCUGCAGCUCAGCCACCAUCAAAGGAACAGAGAUCACCAGAGAAGGAAAAAGACUCUUCUGUUGAGCCUCAAACAUCUGAGCCCACUGAUGCCCUCAACACAUACAAAUGGCAUACCGGCUCCAAGGGAGCACUGAAUGAGGUGAAAGAAGAAAGAGAAGGGGGAGCAGCUUCGUCCACGUCUACGAUGGAUAGAAUUCAGAAGGCCUCCAGCAACAAAUGGAGCAGGGUUCAAAACUGGCGCAAGGCCCUGAGUGAGGACCCUGGAGACAAAACCAUAUCCAGCGGGAAAGGGGGAGAGGGCACCAAGCCUGAUAAAGGGUCUGGGGGAACCAGGAAGAACCCCUUCAGAAGGGCCCUGUCUGAGCCCCCAGGAUCACUUUUUGCAGCUCUGACACCUUCCUCCAGCUCUUCCAGUUCUGCCAAUGCAGCGUCAUCAUCCUCUGCAGCUGCUACAGGCGCCUCAGGGACUCCCUCCGCUGACCCUUCACAGAAAGGAGGUGGAGGGACACUCUUUAAAAAAUACCUGAUGAACGUGACCCAGAAGCUGAAGAGGCCCAGGCUGCAGAGUCGCAGCAGCACCCUGACUUCACUGCCAUUGGCAGAUUUGGAUGAGGUUGAUCCAACACCAGCUGUCCCCACUGAACUCCCAAGAUUACCAUGGACCCCUCCUCAGGAGGUCCCUCUAUGGGACAUCAGCAACUGUGUCCUUGGAGAUGGACAAAUUCUCAUCUCGCAAGAGGAUGAGCCGACGACGUGGAUCAGAAACCGUGUCAGCAGCUGUGUGUCCAACCUCAGCAUGCAGAACCUCGCAGAAAUCGACACAGAAUGUAGCCCCGAUCCUGCAAGCCUGGCAGGUGUUCCUCGGCCAAAGACCCAAGAUGGUGGUGUGAGGGCACUGAUCAAGCGACGUCUUGACAAAGCCAAAAGGAAUAGUACCACCCAGCUGGGCCCAGUGGGACUAAACAAAGGAAGCAGGCACUAUGGUUCCCGGGAGUCUGUGUCAAUUCCAGUGGGAAGUCUAGAUCUGAGCACCGACACCAGCACCGUCAUCAGGCCGGUCCACAGCUCCAUUUUAGGGGAAAAGUACUGCUUUGAGGUGAUAAACUCUGAGAACACCCACUGCUUUGGCUGCUCUUCGGCUGCUGAACGUGAUCGCUGGAUAGAAGACCUGAGACGAGCUGCCCAGCCCAACAAGGAUAACAUUGAGCGCACAGAGAACUCUCUGAGUCUGUGGGUCAAUGAGGCCAAAGAUCUGCCACCCAAACGGCGUUAUUACUGCGAGGUCCACCUGGAUGGAACCCUGUUCGCCCGCACCAGCAGCCGAGCUGUUGGGAAGCUGCCUAACCGCUCCAGCCAGGCAGGGGAUUGCUCCACUGGGUCUUCAGGAGGCCUGGGGUCUGGUGGAGCUGCAGCUGGAGGGUGUCAACUAUUUUGGGGGGAAUUCUUUGAGCUUGACAACCUGCCAGCUGUCUCUCAAAUUAGCCUGCACCUUUUCCGUGAGGACGACCCAAAGAAAAAGCGCCACUCCCGAGACGAUUCCAGUCUGCACCCAUUGGGCAGCGUUGCAAUUCCCAUAGCAGAUAUCCGAGGGAGGACCUUUCAGGAGAAGUGGUAUCCCAUCGCUCCAUACAAGGCUUCAGGCACAGCUGGGACCAAAGAGCUACUGGGACCGCAGGCUUCCCUCCGUAUCAAAGCCCGAUUCCAAAAUUUAAAAGUGCUGCCGAUGGAGAAAUACAAAGAGUUUGCAGAGUAUGUGACGGUGGAUUAUGUGGAAAUGUGCAGAAAGUUGGAACCACUUCUGAAUGUGAAGGAGAAAGAAGAGCUGGCAGGAGCUCUGGUCCAUGUUCUCCAGAGUAUCGGCAAAGCCAAGGAAUUUCUCAUUGAUUUGGGCAGCGCAGAGGUGGAACGACUUGGAGAGAAGGAAGCGUUGAUCUUCAGAGAGAACACACUGGCCACCAAAGCUAUAGAUGAAUAUAUGAAGCUUGUUGGACAGAAGUAUCUCAUUGACACACUAGGGGACUUCAUCACCCGGCUUUACGCUUCUGGUGAAAACUGUGAAGUUGACUCUCGUAAAUGUCCUGCCUCUGAUCUGUUAAACAAUCAAAAGCACCUGAUGGAAACCUGUGAGGAGGUGGUGCAGAAGAUUAUUGAGAUUCAUGGACCUUUUCCUGAAGAAUUAAACAAAAUCUUCUCCAGCUGGAUGGAGGUGUGUGAGGACCAGGGCAGAGCUGAAAUUGGGCAGCGUCUCAUCUCUGCUUCCCUCUUCCUUCGAUUCUUAUGCCCUGCCAUUCUCAGUCCAUCUCUUUUUGGUCUGACACAACCUUAUCCAGAGCCAAACACCCUGCGCACGCUUACCUUAACGGCUAAAGUCAUCCAGAAUCUGGCCAACUUCACCCUGUUUGGAGAGAAGGAGGAGUACAUGCUCUUUAUGAAUGAAUUCCUGCAACAGCAUUGGGAUGGAAUGAGGAGCUUUCUGCAAACAGUGUCCAAUCAAGACACUGAAAUUGCAAUGACGUCCUUCGAUGGCUAUGUUGAUCUGCCCCUGCGUUUAGCUGUGCUUCAUGGCCUGCUGGUGGACAUCAUCUACAAGAAGGACCAGGACACAGUGGACCAGCUGCACCCGCUACCUUCAAUCCUCAAUCAGAUUGCAGAGUCACUCGGCCCCGAUGCACCUCGGAUCAUUGUUAACAGCCAAACUGGACAAUCCAAACCAGUGUAUGUUCCUCCCAAAGACUUGGCAAAGUACAGCCCUCUGCAUUCCUCUCUCCAGAAGCUUCCCGUGGACUCCAAAGGCCUUAGAGAUGGAGAUGGGAGGACUCGCAGGAGCAUGAAAGAAAGGAAGCCGGUCACAAGAACUCAGAGUGCUCCACACAGACGGCCUGGUUACAAACAAGCUCUGAAGAGGCAGACGAGCUCUGAAGCUCUGCCAACACCCGACCAUGAACCUGACACCACCAACCAGCCACUCAUUUCUCCACCAAAUCCUAAUGUCAAUCUCAAGCGUCCACCUGCACCAGUUCCCUGGAUUAUAGUCAACAACAGGGAUUCGAGUGAGAUAAAGACAGAGGAUGAGCAGUUCAACUUACUGGACAGGCACGUUCAAGAGCUGUCAGAGCUCCGUCUGGGGAUAGAGCAGGUGACGGAGCGGGAGCUGGACAUGGCCAAGCGCCUGGAGGACUUCAUCAUCCAAAGCCAGGACCACAAUGCAAUGCUGCAGGCUGAGGUCCACGAGCUGCGAGAACUGCUGGCUGUGAGAGAAGAACAGCUGGCCAACGCCACCUUCAGGCUGGGUGUGAUUGAGGAAGAAAGGGAAGAAGAUGAAAGGAAGAUAACUGUUGCAGUUGCAGCAGCUGAAAGAGUGAAUGUACUGGAGGAGCAGUUUGCUGGUCUCAUGAGGGACCUUCAACAGCUGAAUGAGGCCUACAAGAGCAGCCAGAACAACAUACAACACCCUGAAAAGCCACUUAUCAACAGCAACUAAAUCUCAGCAGAGAAAACGGUUCAGCUUUACAUUGUUUUGUAUAAAUGGACAUAUAGAGCUUAUAGGUGUGAAACCAAAACAAUUUUCUAACAUUUUUACUUUUUUUAAUGCAUCAAAUGUGAUUUUCUGAUUAAAUAAAAACCACAAAGUGUG